AUGUCGAGUCCAUCUCAUGAACCAUUGGCCAGUGAGCAGUCAUUAAUAGGUUCUGUUUCGACACGAAGAGUAAACAAUAAUGGUUUUGCGGGACUAUCAUCACUGGAAGAGAGUAUGUGUCAACCAACAGGAUCAGUGAUACCACCGCUACCACAACAUCCGCAACACUCUCUCAAUUCAUUUUUAACUGGAUUUUCAUCGCAAAUCAUUUCAAAUCGUAACCAAAUGCCUGAUCUCAUGGACAUUACUGGUGGCGGCACUUUCACCAACAAUAGGAGUCUACUAAGAAUGAGUAAUAGAAAUUCAAUGCAUACUUUUGGUGUGAUUGGAGAUUCAUUUGACGGUCCGCCCGCAACUUCAUUAGACAUGCCUGAGUUCCCUACACUAACAGAAAACAAUUCAAUCGAUGAGUUAUCACAUUUAUUUGAUGAAGAGAGCGAUAAUGAAGGGAUAAACAUUGAGUUCACUCAAACAUAUGAUAAUGAUAGCGACAACAGUGAAGACGAGGAUCAAAUUAACAACACUAAUCAAGUAAAUGAAUGGAGUUUCGAUACUCAAAUAGAAAACAAUUGGUUACCAAAAUUUGAGAGAAUUUGUGGACCUACUAUUGAUACACCUACAGAUCCAACGCUAAUUUUCGAUAAUUACAUAAAUGAAGACUUUUUGUCAAAAGUUGUUAAUUACACAAAUCGUUACAAUGAAACAGUUGAUGUUACUAUAAGUGAACUCAAAAAUUUUAUUGCCAUUCAAAUACUUAUAAGUCUUAAACAAAUACCGAACGAAAGAGAUCACUGGUCUAACGGGUUUUAUGGCUCAGACAUAAUCAAACGAACAAUGAGUCGCACAAGAUAUGGCUUAAUAAAAAGUGCACUUCAUUUUUGCGACGAGAAUUCAAAUAAUAAAACAGAUGAAUUGUACAAAGUACGAAUGCUAUUAUCACAUUUAACUGAUAUAAGUCAACAUUUAUACGUACCAACAAAAGAACUGUCUGUCGACGAAUCGCUGGUUGCAUUUAAAGGUUUGUGGAAACAUAUUCAAUACAUUCCAUCCAAGGCUCACAAAUUCGGAAUUAAGUUUUACGUAUUGUGCGAAUCAAGAACGGGAUAUAUGAUUAAUAUGCUCUGCUAUUGUGGUGACGAUACCACUUCAUCAACAAAACAUAUUGUUCUAAAAUUAAUGGAAUGUGUCGGAGAAAUGUCUGGACAUACACUCUUUUGUGAUAAUUAUUAUACAAGUAUAGAACUGGCUGAAGAACUCGCAUCACUUGGCGUCGGCUUGACUGGCACUCUUCGCAAAAAUCGGAAAGGAUUACCAUUAAACUUUCAUAAAUGUGCGCUUAACUUAAGCAAGAAAAACUGUGGACCUAUUUAUAUGAGGAAGGAUAAGCUAUGUUGUGUCGCCUGGUUCGACAAUAAGCAGGUUCUCGCUUUGUCAACGCAUCUAACAAAAGGAGAGGUUGAGAUUGAAAGGCGUUCAAGAAAAAGCUUAUCGGGAAUUGUUAAUAUACAAUGUCCAAUUAUUAUUAAUAAUUAUAAUAAGUUUAUGGGAGGGGUUGAUAGAUACGACCAAAGAUUAAGUUAUCACUCUUAUCCGCAUCGACUGAUGAAAUGGACAUUAGUUAUUUGGCAUUUAUUUUUAAAUGUAUCUAUUAAUAAUUCAUAUAUUAUCUACAAAUCGAAAGUCGAAACUCCAAUGAAAUCUAGCUAUUUUAAGCUUCAAAUUGCUUAUCGAUUAAUUGGUUACAACACUAUGAAAACUAAUUUACACUCUUGCGGUUCAUCUCAUCUUAUUAAAAUUGAUGCAAAGCCGACUAAACGUAAUUGUAUAAUGUGUAGAAAAAUGUCUAUAAGACAUCAAACAUCUUAUUGGUGUUCAAAUUGUAAGAACCCAUUAUGUCAUGAAGCCAUGUCGUCGGAUGCAACAUGUUUUCAAAGACAUGUUUUGUUCCAAAAUAGGUAG